GCGCCCUACUCAGAAGGGCGGGUCCUGAGACCGGAAGUCGGAAGCCGGAAGUGGGGCUGUGAGGACGUGUUCCGAGGAAGCCGCAGGCCGGCUCGGCCGGCGUCAUGGAGCCGCUGUACCAACAAACGCACAAGCAGGUCCACGAGAUCCAGUCUCACAUGGGACGCCUGGAGACGGCAGACAGGCAGUCUGUGCACUUAGUAGAAAACGAAAUACAAGCAAGCAUAGACCAGAUAUUCGGCCAUCUAGAGCGUCUGGAGAUUUUGUCAAGCAAGGAACCCCCUAAUAAAAGACAGAAUGCCAAACUCCGUGUCGACCAACUGAAGUAUGAUGUCCAGCACCUGCAGACUGCUCUCAGGAACUUCCAGCACCGGCGCUAUGCCAGGGAGCAGCAGGAGAGGCAGCGAGAGGAGCUUCUGUCUCGCACCUUCACCACUAACGACUCUGACACCACCAUACCCAUGGAUGAAUCCCUGCAGUUUAACUCCUCCCUCCAGAACAUUCACCACGGCAUGGAUGACCUCAUUGGAGGCGGGCACAGUAUUCUGGAGGGACUGAGGGCCCAGAGACUGACCUUGAAGGGGACUCAGAAGAAGAUCCUUGACAUUGCCAACAUGCUCGGCCUGUCCAACACAGUGAUGAGGCUAAUUGAGAAGCGGGCCUUCCAGGACAAGUACUUCAUGAUUGGUGGGAUGCUGCUCACCUGUGCAGUUAUGUUCCUUGUAGUCCAGUACCUGACAUGAGCCAGCUGCACCCAGCACGGAGAGUCUUCCCACUGUGUGCACGUGUGCAAGCAAGCAGUGGGCUGGGAGGCCACCUUUUGAAAUGUAUGCCUUAACUGUGAAGACACCCCUCCCCCCAGGACUAAUUGUGGCUUAGUAUCAAACCUGCUUUGUUUUCUGUGACGUCUGGGGAGUGGGAACUAGGGUCACCAAGAUGUGUGGUGCUUAGGAAGUGAGUGGGUCAAGACCCUGUUAUCUGGUUCUCACUGGGGGAGGGAGGGGUGGAUUUUGUGGUUUAUCUACACAGCUGAUGCUCGCCCUGGAAACCCUGCAUGGUGAGGCUUGCACACAGGACUGUCCACACUGUUCACUCCUUGUCAUUGCCCAGUCUUUGUGCUCCUGAUGGGUUGGCUGGAGCACACGUGAGAAGAUGAGGAAAGAAGACUUUCCUUGUGCCUUCUGGGGAAGAUCAGUUCUCACAUCCUUCCAGCCACUACCCAGUCCCAACCCUAAGAAAACAUGACAUGUAGGUGACUAAUGGCUCACACCAGCACCCUUCCCUGGAAGCAGCUACUCCAGGGAAGCAGAGACAUUGGAGCUGUUGCUGAUAACGUAAGCUUUUCCAUGCCAGUUGCUGGGUGUUUGUCCUUCCUGAGGUGAGGCCAGCAGUGUUCCUGGGGAGUAUUCAGUCUGGACACGAGUCCUGAGUCACCAGUGUUUUUCCAGUUAAUACAGCAAUUGGCAGUUCAGAGACGGUAGCUUGGCACCUCCACCCAGGUUUCAGUGGGUGGGCCUUUGCCCCUUUGCAAGUAGCCAUGAGCAAAGGGUGAUUUUGUAAGUUGUAGACUCAUCUAGUUCUGCCAUCUCAAAUUCUUUGACUGUCUCUCCUCUCCCUUGAAAUAUAUUAGUAAUAUAUCCAUCAGCUAAGCCUCCAUUUUCCCCAGCCCUGGUAGGCCACCCUGGAGAUGGUCCCUGGUAAGUAUGUCUUUAUGAGACUGUUUCAGGGACCAGGCCAUUUUUACUUUGCCCAGCCAUGAUUAAGGCUAUAUUAAUACCUGGUGUAUUGCAGAAUUUGUUUGAAAAUUAAUGUAUCUUAAGCAAGCUUAUUGUGAUUAAUCUCUGAAAUUGCCCGAAAGAUCUAGAGAAUUUAUUUGUUCAUCAGUCACAGGUCCUGCCCACCCAAACAAUUCUAAAUUUAGUAGCCUCAUGGUGGGACAGUCGGACACUCAGAAUUCCUCAGAACUGGAAAGCUGGUCAGUAUUAAUCCUACUUUUGAUUCCCUCCCUAUCUUUGCUUGAGUGUCCUCUGUGCUGUCUCCCUCUUCACAGCGUGUGUCACAUACCACCUCUCUCCUGUGAGGAGCAGUGUUGGACAUCUGUGGCAUCCCUUUGGGGAACUUUCUCAGCUGUCACACUUUAAACCUGAGUUUCCUGGGUACUAAUUUAGAUUCUGGUCAGAUUCAGUGUCUGUUGCUCCUUCCCCUCUAGGCUAAAUGGGCCCUAGAUGGCCAGGAAGUAGGAAUCUGUGACUCUUCUAGGAAGAGUUGAUAGUGCAGAGUGAAAACUAUGGCCCUAGAGGAGAGAGGCGGCUUGCAGCAUCUUCAGACCUAGAGCUCACUUUGGGGAGGCAGAUUGGGCAUGAUGAGCUCCUGGCUGACUGUAAAGUGGAGCUUGGACUGCACAGACCUGACUGCCCUAUCCCCUGGGCACCCGAUGAUCCUACCAGACAGCAUGCUUUGGAAGAUGUGCAAGCUGAAACUGAGCCAUUUGGACUCAAAAUGUGGGCAGCAAAAGCCCCCUGCCCCCUGCCCUUCAGUGAUUGUUGGGACAGUGUUUUGUAGUAUAUAAUGGUGUUCUGCA